AUGCACCGGAUCAACGCUAAAACAAAUAUUACCAAUACAGACUUCAUAAAAGAUGGAAUAUAUGUGAAGCAUUACCCAAAUGACAACAAAAAAGAAAUACCACAUGGAAUAUCCUGUUUUGUACCCACAAGUAACCCUCAUAAUGUUCCGAACAUAAAAUAUCACGGCGAAGGGAACGACUGUUUCAUUUUACAUCAAAAUGCAUUCUUUCACGAGAAGUUGGCUCUAGUAUACACCGGCAAGAUAAAUCUGAAUGUUCCUUCAGUUAAACAGAAAGCGUUCCACUUUCACAUCAUUCCUACAGAGCGUAUGACACAAUCUGAGUUUAAGUUAGCAAUAAAGAGCCUACCUUGGCUGCCAUGUACUAUCAAGGCUAAUGCAUCUUCUGACAAACUGAUUCGCACUGAUGAUGAUAUAGAGGGACUGGGUGACUCAAGAAUAAUCGCGUUAUAUGAUAUUAUGGCCUUCUGGUAUGAACAGGAAACUGAUGCUAUGGGCCGUCUCCGUGCCAAUGAUAUUCGCAUAUGGAUCGCUGAAGACAAGCCAUCCUUUGAUGACCUUCUUCAAGAUGAAACUCGAGCUCGCUACGUUUUCUCGGCACUUGCUCGGAUAGAGAUUCCGAGUGCAUGUGUGUCUACGAUAAUUUACCGAGACGAUAUUUUGAACGAACUAGAGGUUGCAUUUGGAUGGAAGGUGAUAGACUUCUGUACUGAUCUUAAGGUUUUUCAACAGAUUGACGUUAAAGUUGAAGGACCAGAAGUUGCUCAUCAAUCAUCUGAACUUAUUGAUGAGCUUAUUGGUGAGUUUGGCAAAGUCAGCACCCCGGAAAAAUGUAAGAAUGUUGACGCACU